GCGAUCGCUAGUGCCGACUCUCUUUCCUACCACGUUUGCGUAGCGUGUAGACGCGAAGUCCCUGGCUCACCGCUGUUCAAGUGUUUCGACGUGAAAUAACUUGAUUAAGUCGGCCAGAGGAGUGUUUCUUUAGGUCGUCAUGUCUGCGUACAAGGACUCGAAGCCCGUCGAUGACUCGCAAGCCUGGCCCGUCCACCGGAUCAGGAUCACAUUGACGAGUCGUAAUGUGGCCAGCCUGGAGAAGGUGUGCGCUGACCUCAUCAAGGGCGCCAAGGACAAGGAGCUUCGGGUGAAGGGACCCGUGCGGAUGCCCACCAAGACCUUGCGCAUCACCACCCGCAAGACCCCCUGUGGUGAGGGUUCCAAGACCUGGGAUCGCUACCAGAUGCGCAUCUACAAGCGUGUCAUUGACUUGCACUCGCCCUCGGAGAUUGUCAAGCAGAUCACAUCCAUCAGCAUCGAGCCUGGUGUUGAAGUUGAGGUCACCAUCGCCGACUCUUAAGCUGGGUCCGUAUGCCACCAUCGUGACAGAAAAUAAAGACCUCUGACGUACUUUGUACAGUAA